AUGCCGUUCCCUGUGACGCAGGAGGCGUGUCCUCAUGCGUGGAGUGACUCUGCCAUAGUGACCCCGUUCCCCGGAAAGACAGUGCACCGCGACGAGUGCGCGUACUGCUGCCGCACGUGCCGUCAAGGCGACGGGGUCUAUGUAUGUAUGGCAUGCCACACGGGUCUGUGCUGUGAGCACCUGGAGAAACACAUGGGGGUGCACGGGGCGCACGCCAUGUACACAACCGUCAAGAAGCUCCCUGCAAAGGAAAUGGAGGAGGUGAAGGAUGUGAAUUACCUUGGUGUAGUGGCCCCCGCGGAGUAUGAGACGGCCGUGUGCUGCGCGGAUUGCCAGGUUCAGUUUGCGCAAAUACCGGACCUGGCUGUGGAGGCGUACAGCGGCAUCAUCAACGCACCGGAGCCAGGCGCGCAGGAUAGCACAGCUGAUGGCGGUGUGGGCCGGCUGCAGAAGCCGCAGUGCCCUCACCUGGUGUGCCUCGAACAGCUGGCGAGCCCUUUCGCUGUUUGUCCACCGACUUCCGACGACAUCUGCUCCGUGGAGAUGUGCGGAUGCCACGUGAACAACUGGAUGUGCGUCACGUGCGGUGCAAUCGGUUGCCCUCGUCCCGAGGCAGGCGGCCAGGGUCAUGCACUACAGCACUAUGAGCUGACAGGACACCCGGCGUGUGUCAAGCUUGGGACCAUCACCGCGCAGGGCGCCGACUAUUAUUGCUACGCCUGCGACGAUGACGUUGAUGACGUACACUUCGAAGCCCACAUGGCACACUUCGGCAUUGACGUACAAACUGCCAAGAAGACCGCCAAGACGAUGGGCGAGCUCGAGUACGACUACUCCUCGCAGUUUGACUUCAACAAGAUCACGGAGGCCGGCGUGUCCUUGACGCCAUCCUACGGCCCAGGCCACACUGGCAUCGAGAAUAUCGGCAACAGCUGCUACAUCGCAUCCGUUGUGCAGUGCCUUAUGUCGCUGGGCCCGUUCCAGCACUCCUUCUUUCCGGCCAAGUCAUCCCCGCAUCAGGCGCAGUGCAGCGCGAAUCCGUACAACUGCCACCACUGCCAAACAGAGCGCGUGGCAGCCGGCUUGCUCUCCGGUGAGUUCAGCCGCGAAGGUCACGAGCUCACCAACGGCAUUUGCCCCCGCCUCUUCAAGAAGGUGUACGCCCACCAGCACCCUGAGUUCUCCACCGGCGCCCAGCAGGAUGCUCAGGAGUACCUGCUUUACCUACUGACAGAGAUGCAGCGGCACGUGCACCUCAACAGCAGCGGGAGCACCAGUGCCGGCAAUGUGCAGCAGCAGAUUCACCCGUCUGAUAUCAUGGAGAUGGUGAUUGAGCAGCGUAUGCAGUGCAGCAAGUGCCAGCGAGUGCGUUACACGUACGAGACGGACAAAUGCCUAUCCUUGCCGAUCCCGAUUGAUCCAGUGUCGGCCUCGUCUGUUGCGGCUGCUGCAAGCGAGGAGGAGAUGAACGCGAUACGGCCCCGGUGCUCGCUGGAGGCCUGCCUGCAAGCAGCCACCUCGCCGAGCGGCAUCGAGUGCCGGUGCGAGGCAUGCCUUGAAUCGGCCGUGUACUACACCGUCACCCGUCUCGCCAGCUUUCCAGAUGUUCUGCCAGUGUACAUUCGCCGCACGUACUUCGACAUGACUACCCGCAGCACAAAGAAAAUGGAUGCAUAUGUGGAGGUACCGCAAGAGCUCGUUCUGGAGGCUUACCGCGGGACUGGGCUGCAGCCGGGUGAGGUGCUGAUGCCUGCUUCGUCAGCCUCCCCUGCACGACAACCUAGGGUAGAUGCCCACGCUCCCGCUCCGCCGCAGGAAGUAGAUGAGGUGGCACUGGUAUCGGUGGUUAGCAUGGGGAUCGAGAUGGACGUCGCGCGCUACGCCCUCUUACAGACGAACAUGAACGUUGAGCUCGCCAUUGACUACAUAUUCAGCCAUCCGCAUAUCGCCGACGAGAUCAAGGCCGCGCCACCGUUACACGCCGAGGAGCAGAAGCAGUAUUUGGCCCCAACCCACAACGCUACUUCAGUGAGCGCUCCGAAACCGGCUACCGAUGGGGCCGCUUCAUACGAGCUCACAGCGAUGAUCAGCCACAUGGGCGCGAGUGCGCGGACGGGGCAUUACGUUUGCCACAUUAAGGAUGCCGCGACGGGCAAGUGGCUCCUGUUCAAUGAUGAAAAGGUAGGUGAGUCGCAGAACCCGCCCUUCUCCCUGGCGUCGCUGUACUUUUUCCAACGCAAGGCGUAA